CUUUUCGCGACUCCUCUUAUCAAUCUGGUCAAUUGUUGCACCAGGAGAGGGGAGGUUGAGCUGAGAGGGGUUCAUGGAGAUGGAGGGGAGGGGCCUGUCUGAUUUGUUCAGGAACACCAGCGAGGAGAUCUUCCUCAAGGCAGUGAUGGAGAACUCAAUGGGAGUGGCAGCAGCGCCAAGCAUGGAGAUGCUGGGGUUCAAGAACAUGUCGCAAGGUCUCAGAGAAGAUAGCGAGGAGUUGUUCAACAGCUGGCUUAUGAAUGGAGAGAUCCCAGUAUUUGGUGCAGUGAACAAUCGCCCUCGACAGCCAUCUAGGUUGUCAUCAGAAGCUGCAGGCCAUCCGAAUCAACAGCAUGACAUUGCUCAACAAAGUUUUAUCACCGACAACUUGGUUCAACAGAAUUUAGCAAUCCCUUCAGUCGAAUAUCCAAAUAACCACAACCAGCAAUCACUCAAAAAUGCAGCAGAGAAGGGAAUGCAAGCCAGUGACCUGCUUCUAGCAAAAGCCUGGUUCCACAGCACUCAACCAAUGACUAGAAGUCGUUCGUCAGAGUUAAGGAGGAGGUAUGCUGCAAUGCAAACUAAUUUGGCACCAAUAACUAUAGGAAGCAUUGAAGCAACUAACCAAUUAAAACAAGAUUUUACAAACACAACAAACAGCACACCAGUGAGCAACACACCUGUUCAUACACCAAAGUUUGUAUCUCCUUCAAGUUCAUCAACAUCCCCUCUGGAUAAUCCACAUAUGGCAGCACAAGAUACUGUUACCUCAGUGGUGAGCAUGCUCAAGGACACGCUUGAGCGCAAGAAGCUUGGUAGCCAUGCUAACAAAGACACCUCAGUAGGCAAUUCUUUUGGAUUCUAUGACACUCAGCAGUUUCAACAGAACAUUCUUGGAGGAACAGAUUUCUUUCCCAUAGUGACAACUGCCCAAGUUCAGGAUUCCAUGAUGCUUCCCAAGGUCGAUAGACCCAUGGAACCAAACAAUGGUAACUUUGUUGCUCCUGCAAACCAGGUUUGGUUCGGUGCAGCGUCUCGAGAGCCUUCACACAGUGGAUCCUCUACUGCUAUGACCACUCAUUCAGCUGGGUUUGAAAUGUGUGAUGAGCUACCUCCUACAGGGCAAGCGAUGUCUGUUUGUGAGAGCAGUAGAAAAAAUGCUGCAAAUGGAACAACCGGCUGCAAAUCAAAAGGCAAAGAAUACAGAGAGAGGAUACAAAAGGAUACUUUGAAAGAUGAGAGAAAGAAAGCAGCCCUAACUCGAAUGGGGUCCAUUUCAUCAGAACAAGCAGCUGAUAAUGGAGAUCCUACGAAGAAGCGCAGGGUUGAGCGCUCACGCAAAAUGGCAGAAGCAAAGGAAAGAAGUUCCACACCAGUAAUACCAUCUGACAUGCAAGCAGUACUUAAACGCUGUGAAACCCUAGAGAAGGAGGUCCGGUCACUAAAACUUAACCUGUCUUUCAUGAACAGGAAAGAUUCAGAGCAGACCAAGCAGAUCGAGGAGCUUCAGAAGCAAAACGAGGACUUAACCGAAGAGAAGGAGCGGCUGCUGGAAGAGAUCGAAAGAAUUGUCUCUGACCCCAACACAUGAGCACCCUAUCAUUUUUGACCCUUUUCUAUAUAUAUACUAAUAGAAUUAGACUUGAAAUGGUCCUAGAUACAAAUACAUACACAAUCUCAGGGCAGCAAGAAUUAAGUGCUAGCCUAAAUGUACCAUUCUUUCCUUGUUAUCACAAGUUUAACGUAUACCAAUACCAACAAGCAAAGGGAUCAGGGAUUACAGUUUACUUUCUA